AUGACUACAAGGCGAAAGAUGUGUCAGAUAAAAGGGAUAUCAGAGGCAAAAAUGGAGAAAAUUAAGGUGAAAUCAAUGUUUCGUGACAUUGCCAAGACCGCCAAGAUUUUUAAUUCAAAUUACCUUAUUUUGAUUGCUUCUUUAUAUGAAUUUAAAACUAAUAAAGAAAGACACUUCUUCAAAUUUAUCCAUCCAUUACAAUUAUAACUAGUUUUGCUCCGUCAUAUGAGAAUAUUUGACUGACUAAUUACCUUUGAUUUCUUUCAGGAAGCUUCCGCAAAGUUAGCUGUAAGUAUUUCCGAAAAACUUUGUUACCUGAUCCUAAACAAUCAUUCAUCUCUUUUGAUCCUCUAUAUGACAAUUUCACUCUUUUUCUUAUAGAAUGCUGGAUUUGUCACAGCUUUAGAAUACAGUGAUAUGAGGAAGAUGGUUUUCAGGAUUUCUAGUGGAAGCACUGAGCUGGAGUAUGUAAAUUAAACGUGAAACCUAUUACUUAUUUCAGCAAGUACUAAAACACGUUUUUACAACAUUCUGUCUUUCCACAGCAAACUCCUUGGAGGUAUGUGUUGAUCAGUUUCAGAUGUAUUCUUAACAUACUACUUUGACUUUGACUAAUAAGACACAUUUUUGCUUGAUUUUAAACUUUUGAGUCUCACAAUUUUAGGAGGAAUAGAGAGCAUGUCUAUAACAGAGGUUUUUGGAGGUAAAGUAACCCACUGGUAUUAUAGUAGUAGUCUCUGACUUUUCAAAAGCUACGUAUUUAUUACAUUACACAUAUCCAAUCUUUUUUCAGAGAUGAUUUUGUAAGUAAUCUUGUCACUAUUAUACCUUAAAAAUCCUCUGUUUAAUAAAAAUGAGGACAACCCUUUUUUUAUCAAUCAGAGUUCAGGACCGGCAAAACUCAACUGUCACACACACUCUGUGGUGAGUUUCAAAAACAUUCUCUGACUGAGUUGUUUUCUCUUUGGAUUAAAAUGAAGUUAAUAUUGUUAAAUGUGAUACCGUUAGUUUCAGCACAGCUGCCAGGUGCAAAUGGGUACACCGGUGGAAAAGUGAUUUUCAUUGAUACUGAGGUACUUUUAACUAAACAAAUCCAUUAAUAUGAUUUAUGUGUAUGGUCAAAACUAUCUGCAAUUUCCCUUAGAUUAUAUUUGUAAUGAUGAUGUUAUCUGCAACAUUUAGUAAGGCUUCCCUGUAACCUUACCAUCCAUAAUCAGUUCUUAAAUAUGCAUGGAUGAAUGAUGUAAACAUUAUUUUAUGGUGUUGUGAACUAAGUGACCAUAGUAUUGUUUUUAAAAUGUUUGUAUAAGGCCUGAGUUGGAAGACUGGCACUUGAGGGAGUGUCUUUCAAAGGAAAUUAAUAUACUUGAAUGUCUGAAAAUGACCAUACCCUCAAAAAGGCAGUCAUUGGGCUACUUAUUGUUAAUCCAUUGUGGAGACUCAUAGACAAAAUUAUUAAAUACAAACUUCACUAACUCAUUUAAUUUGUUCCUCUUUUAGAAUACUUUGUAUCCUUUUUUUUCCCUUGAAUUUCACACAUGUAAUCAACCACUCUAAACGUUAAUUAUUUUGCACUUUUAAGCCCUUUCUGUAUUUUUUUAAAAACAGUAAAUCUGCAACUUUAGCUCCUUAAUCAAUAAUAGCAGACCUGAUCGCCUACGAGAGAUUGCAGACAGGUUUAAUCUUGACCAGAAUGCAAUGCUGGACAAUGUUCUCUAUUGCAGAGCAUAUACAAGUAGGUCACAAUACUUAUUUGAAACUAUAUGGAUUUUACCAUUAGCUGCCCAGCCCAUCUUUUUGGUGAUAUAAUUAGAGUAUAGUAAUGGUUAAAACAACUUUUUAAAUCACCAUUGUAUCAGUUUAUUGUUAUAAUCAUUAUUUUUACAAUUCCACAAGGUAUACAAUAAAUAUUACCAAUACAUAUUAUUACUAUUAAAAUCUAAAGGUGAACACCAAUAUGAGUUGAUGGAUAGUGUGGCUGCAAAGUUUCAUGAAGAACCAGGAGUAUUCAAACUUAUGGUAUGCACGAAUUGGAAAAUUACAAUUUAUUGAAAAUAGGUUAUUAUUCUAAAAUUAGCUCCUCAAACUUCUAAAAUCAAAGGGCAAAUUUUCUUUGGUAGUGUUUUAACAAUGUUUUGUGUAUCAUCUCUUCCAGAUAAUUGACUCAAUAAUGGCAUUAUUUAGAGUUGAUUUUUGUGGAAGAGGUGAAUUGGCUGACAGGCAACAAAAACUAGCACAGAUGUUAUCUCGACUACAAAAACUGUCUGAGGGUAAGAAAUAGAUAUCUGAUAGUCUUCCCAUUAUAAACAGAGAACAAGUAAGAUUUUUGUGUCCAUCUGCUGCUCAAGUUUUUACAUACUCCUGAAACCAUUUGGCCCCUCUAAGGGACAUAUUUUCAUGGAUGGUCAACAAACCAAUUAGCUUUAUAUCUCUGUCAACAAAGUAGUGUUUACAUCAACUCUUAAUCCUCUUAAUAGCAGCAUUUUCUCUAUUUCACAGAAUUUAAUGUUGCAGUCUUUGUCACCAAUCAGGUAGUGCUUAUAUACAUACUGGGUAAAUCAGCAUUUAAUUAAUGUUGUCCUUUGAUCAGUUACAUUGGGUGCAUCUUCCUAAUUUUUGCCAUAUUUCAGCUGCAGAUUUGACCACAAUUUCUACCCUAUCAUUGAGAUAAAUUUGGUAGAAGAGAGGUAUAGUGAUAUGUUAUUCUACUGUUUAUUUGCAGAUGACAGCAGAUCCAGGAGGUGUGUAUUUACAAAAUAAGCAAUUUGCAUUGAGUGUCAAUAUUUCAUUCCCUAUCCUACUCACAGUACAUACCUUUUUUUCUCCAUUGCUGACUGGCUUGUUGGAUAACAGCAACAAUGAGGUAAACUGAACCUUUCAUGAGAAGGAAACAAUUAGCUAUUCAUUGUAAAUUUCUAUUAUAAGCAAGAAAUAUACUCACCAAGAUUUGAUCAUUUCUCAGCUUCCAAGCUGAUCCCAAGAAGCCAAUUGGUGGACACAUUCUGGCACAUGCCUCUACAACUCGCAUUAGUUUAAGGAAAGGGAGAGGAGAAACAAGAAUUGCAAAGAUAUAUGACAGGUUAGAAACCUCUUUUAGUAGCCUCUAUGACAAUUCUUCAAUAAUUUGAGUCACAGCUUAAGAUGAUUUUUAAAUACAAAUAAUUUUCAUUUAAUUAUCUACAAGAAUUGCAUGUGCAUGCAAUAACUUAUUUUCCUAUUUCAUCAGCAAAUACUAAAUAAAUAAGGUCAGGGCAAUAUUUCACUACACUAGCCAGAUCAGUGUAUGAUCUCACAAGAGGGACUCUGGUUUUGAUUCUCCCUAAGAAAUAUCCAUUUUGUUCACAGCCCUGAUCUUCCAGAGAAUGAAGCCACAUUUGCAGUCACAUCAGGGGGCAUUGCUGAUGCCAAAGAGUAAACAUGACACUUAAAAGUCAUUGCAAUAUACCAAAACC